AUGUUAAGGAGUUGCGUGAUUGAUUUUCGUGGCAAUUGGAAGGAGUACUUUUUGCUAGUAGAGUUUACUUAUAAUAACAACUUCCAGUCGAGUAUACAGAUUGCACCUUACGAGGCUCUGUGUGGUCGUAAGUGCCGUACUCUUUCGUGUUGGGCUGAACUGGGUGAGCGCCGAACGUUGGGUUCUGAGUUGAUUUCUGAGAUUAAAGAUAAGGUUCGGCUGAUUAGGGACAGUUUGAAGGUAGCUUCUGACAGGCAGAAGUCUUAUGCUAAUCUAAAGAGAAGAGAGAUUGAGUAUUCUAUGGGGGAUUUCGUGUUUCUAAAGGUCUCGCCUUGGAAAAAUGUUCUGAGCCGCUGCCGCUCUGAUCCAACACAUAUUGUUUCAAUGGAGGAGAUCAAGGCUCAGAUAUUAGAUCACGGAGGAGCCGGUUCAAAUAUUGGAUCGCGAUGUAAAGGUUCUGAGAAGGAAGUCUAUCCCACUAGUUAA